AUGGCACUGCAGCAGACUGUUCGCUGCCCUCGCCCUCUACUCACCACCCGCCCCAUUCUCCAAUCGUGCACCGUUCGAACCAGGCACUACGCACAAGUUGGCCCCACGACUUUCGUGGGGAAGCCGCCCGCGCCUCCGGACCCUCCCACCUUGCCAGGCCCAGGGCCGAGCUCGAAGGCCUCGCCCUCCCUCCCCUCCAGCUUCGACGCACACAUCCUCGCCGAGCUACGGCGCAAUGCCCAAGACCACGACCGGCACGCCUUCGGGCCAGCCAGCACGACUGGUAGCAAUCCCGGGCCCACCGCGCGGCAGGCACAGCUCCCAGAGCUGAUCGAGCAGUACGUCGACCGCGGCGGGCUCGUGCUCGACGCAUCGCUGCCAUACGAGUCCCGGCCCACACAGGCGCGGCGCAUCGUGUUCGACGCGGAGGAGGAUGCGGAGGCGUCAGUGGCGAUGAUCGUGCACGUCGCGGAGAACGGCGCGGAGCACAAGAUCACGUAUUGCUCGGGAUUUGCGCUCAGCGCGCCCAAGCUCGCGGAGGGCCAGGCCCUAUAUGUUACGUGUGCGCAUACGCUGGAGGAGAUCCGGUUUAACCCCGUUGUGCGUCCACUGCUGGACGACGUCUCACCCGACGUUCAGCCCCGUCUCUUCUAUUCUCUCCUCUUUGCACCGCUCAGACCUGCUCCUACUCUCCGCUGCAUCGUCUGCCCGCCCACCCGUGCGCACCCUCCUGUUUCGCCAUAUCCUGCCCAACCUGGCACGCGGAUACGUGCGCAUUUUGUGACGAACAAGCCGCCAACGUCGGGGCCCGAUGCGGAUGGCUGGCGACCAUGGGUUGGAGGGACGUGGAGCAAGUGGGUAAGAGGGACGAUUGUAGGCUAUCGGGACUUGGCAGGCAGAGAGGCCAAGAUGCGGAACAGGAUAGAGGGUGUGUCAGGCUGGGGAGCACCGUCCGAACUCAUCUUCGAGAUGUUCAGCCUGCCGGGCCUGAAGCUCAAGAACCGCACGUAA